AUGUCAACAUCCAAUGCAUCUACAGGCAGCGAAAUCACUCCUGUUCUUUGUAUUGACUUCAUAUCAGAUUGUAUCUCAAACCAUCCUGAAUUGCUGAUGGAUAUUGAUGAUUACAAUGCUGUUUUGACUUGUUCUGAAGCUUACUGUGACUCAAUAAGUCAUUAUUUGAGAAAAAUGAGUUUUUAUUUGGCUGAAAAACUCAUUCAAACACAAUAUAGCUUAGGAACAAUAGAGAAAUACUUCAAUAUUGUUAAGAACUACUUUAAUUUCAUUGAAAAACAGCCAGAUUUAGCCAAAAAAGAUGAAUUUGGAGGUUUUCUUAAAGUAAUCUUGAAUUCUUUAGGAUACUCUUUAGGUAAGAAAGAUAUGGUUGAAGAUGUUAAGGUUGGCAAUGAAAAGAAAGAAAAUUCUGAAAGUAAUAUUAAAGGGAAGUUAAAAAAAACUGAUGCUAAUAGGUAUGAUAGUAGUAUAAUUGAUGAAUAUGUUGAAUGGAUUCUCAAUCAGACCAAAAAUUCUGAAUCAAAGUAUUUUAGUGAAUGUUUCUCAGCUCUUUUGUAUUGUGUAAGGAAUGAUGCUUUCACGGAACUCAAUAUGAUGGAGAAUGUCAUAGAUACUGCUCUAGAAUACUUAGAAAAUCCGAAAUUUCAAAAAACUUCACUUCAAAUCAUUGAUUUCCUCAUUCAGAAACAUCAACAUAUUAUAGAUUACUUAAAGUUAUCGCCUGCUCUUUCCAAUGAAUUGGAAAUUCAAGAUAAAUCUCCAAAAAUAGAAGAUAUUCCAGAAGAAGACAUAAAAGUGAUAACAGAAGAUCAAAGCCAAGUUUCAAAAAGUAUAACUGAGGAAAAUGAAAGACUAGAAAAGGAAUUAGAAGAAUUAAAAUCAAAAUAUAAUAUUAAUGUUGAUGAAUUUGAAACUUUAGAAGGUUUUCAGAGCCAGUUAAAAGAACAUGUUGAAACUCGCAAGAAGGAAAUAGAAAAGAACCUAAUGUUACAGAAAAAACUUUCUUUGGCUAAAGUUAUUGCGCACAAGGAAGUAACUCCAAAAGAAAAAGAUAUUUUUGAUAAAUGGAAGGCAAUGAAAGAAAAGGAAAAGAGAGAAAAGAAAGAUCCACCAUCAAAAUUAGAAAAAUUAAACCAAAUUUCAAUUGAUUUAUUGAAUUCUGAAGAUCUGAAGUUAUUGUCAGUAUUAUAUCCAUUAUUACUAACAUUAGUUACCAAUGAGUUACUUAAAACUGAAGAAAUUUCAAAAAUUUAUCCAAAAUUAAAUGAAUCCAAGCAAAAUAAGUUAAUUGAAACUGUCCUUCCUGAUAUCUUAUUGUUACAAGCCAUGAUUUCUCAUGUUAAUAAUGAUUUCAACAGUUUCCAAAACCAUUUUAAUGAAUUAUUAGAAAUUUUUGAUGAUAUUGAUGAAGAUAAGAAACCCAUUGUAAUAACUCGUGGAAUAUUUGUUGCAUUCGCUAAUUUCUCGUUUUCUUAUCGAAUAAUACAGAAAAUUCUGAAGAAAGCAGAUUCCGACCACUUUUAUCUUCCGAUAAUUAUAGAGUAUGUAUGUUACUACGUUGUACAGGUCUUAGCCAAAUUGCCACAGAAAAGUCACGCAAUAACCAAUAAAAUCUACAUUCAGAACUUCUUGAAGCAAGGACUUAAUUAUCCAACGCUCAAAAAUGAAUGUGAGAGAUUAAUUGAUGAAAAUAGAAAAAUAUUAUUUUAA